UGGAGCUUCUCACAUCAGCACAAGGCAGAGACACGGAGAAGUGAAGGUUAUUGUUAAAUUUACCGUUACCGCGACGUUAUUUUUUAUUUCAGCUGUGAAUUUCCUGUUUUUCUGCCAAUAACCGACUGAUGGAAAGGGCAUCCUGCUAGGGGUCACCUAGCGCCAUGUCCUUCGUAAGCCUGCGAGCAACUGUUAGAUAAUUCGACCAAUUACAGGGGACAGACGGAAGCAGCUUCCUCUACAGAUGGCCUUCUUCCGGCAACUGAAACUUCUUCUCUGGAAGAAUGGGCUGGCGGUCAUCAGACAGCCGCUAUGGUCCCUCACUCUGGUUAUCUGGCCUCUGAUCAUCUUCAUCAUCAUUGCUGUGACCCGCAACCAGUUCCCUCCGGUCAUCAAAGAUACAUGUUAUGUGGGAGCCAGAAACCUACCCAGCUCCGGCUUCUUCCCUUUCCUGCAGACCCUGAUGUGCAACACAGAUGGCAGCUGCCACAACAAAUCCCACCUGGCGGGCUCAGCUGCAUCAAAGUCAUCUAAAAGAUACUCACGGGAGGCAAGCCCGGAUCACCCGUUGAAGGUUUCCCCGAUGGCGAACCUGAUUGAGGGAGCAGGUUUUUUCAACAUCUCCAGGGACCCCAACUAUGAUCCUGAAAAACUGAUUAAAGCCAUGAACAGCUUUUUGGGUUCAUCCUACCAAGGAAUGUCUCAUAAUGCCUCUCUCAUGAACGGCAUGAAUACAACUCUUCUGGGAGAUGAGGAGAGCGUCAAUGAAAUGCUGGACUCAAUGAACCUGUUGAAAAGAGCCAUGUGCACCCUGAUGCUGCCCAGGAUGAACACGACCUCACCCGACGCCCUCUCCUACGCUGUGGUCACUUUCUGCAGGUCCAACAACAGUUUGUUUGAAGUCUCUCUCAACACACUCAACCAGAUACUAACGGACCUGAUUCUGACAAAACCAAAUGAGACGUUGACGGUGGCCGGGGCGGCGGUGUUGGUGUUCGAUCAGCUGCAGAAUCAGACCGCGUUGUGGGAAACCCUUUUAAAUGUUCCCCAGCUCUUUUCUUCUGGUUCUUUUGACGAAAUGCUGGCCAGCGCAGGGACCCUGCUCACCAACAUACAGCGCGCCAUGCAUGUCCUCCAGGGCAAUUUCCCUGAAGCCAGUGCCUCACUGUCCCCAGUGCAUCCGCUCCUCGCUGGAGGAAUCAACCUGGUCCACUAUGCUCAAAACUGGCCAGGCAAAGAUGUGUCCAUUUCCCUCAGAGAGGUUGUCACAUUAGAGAAUGACACACUUGGUGACAUGGUCAGACUUGUUCUGCAAGAAGUCACAAUACCACUGGACAAGGCUAUCUUCUUGACAUUGGACAGAGAAAUGGUGCUUAUGUACGUGUGUGAAAACAGCAGUAACCCAUUCUGGCUCACAGCAGCAUGCAGUACAGGGGCAGUGGACAUGCUUCUGGGAUGGAUCAGCCCUGGCGAGGUGGCAAAGCAGGUUCUUCGGGUAUGGAGUGAGCAUGUUGCUCCACAUGACAUAUCCUUCGCCAAAGGGCUGCUGCACAGUCUGAUGGGAGGUCCAUCUCCCGGAGGACCGGGAGGCUCCAACAUCACGAGGACCCACCGUAGCGUAGUUACACAACCACAAAACCCUGAGGAGGAGCUAUUUUUGGGGGUCGGUCAAUUGGUGAUGGAGACUAUAGCAUUUGUACCGGAGUUGGAUAUGGUUGUCCAGGUCAUCCUCAAAACUGGCUUUCAGUCCAUGAGGUCAGUGGCACAGGCCCUCGAAACAGCAGAAGAAUUAGUGGGCAGUGUCCUGGAAUGUGCUCAUCAUCUCAAAAUGACUUACCUAACGUUGCUGACAAACCAGACUGAGGCAAACGUUUGGAUUGGUCGUGUCAGGGGCAGUGUCAUGGAAGUGAUUACAGAGAUGCAGUCACCUGAGCCUUCAACAUGUGAGGAUGUGUUGGGUCCCUUUGAGUGGCUUUUAACAUCAGAGAACGUACCGGUCGAGAUUUGGAAAGCAUUGAUCUGUCAGGACACCUCCCCUCUGGAGCAAGCGCUACAGGCGGGCCGUCUGCCAUUGGUUCAGAAGGCACAAGACGUGUACAACACCAUCACAGAGCAAACAGAUGACAAUGUGACACUUCCCAUGAUUCUCUCCGAGUGGCACAAGCUGCAAAACUUCAGUAUGCAGUUUGGCAUGCUUUUGGACACACUGGUCACAGGACUGGGUGGAGCAUACUGGAUGGACUGGAUGCCAGACAACAACGAUCAUAAUGUUACCGAGACUCUUCAACAAAGUGUUUUCUUGUUCAUGGUGAAUGUGGGAGAACAGAUUGAGGAGAGUCAACUGUGGCCUGAGGUAAAGAAUUCUGUCCAUGCGCUUUACUGGAUUUUGAACUACAGCCCCGGUGUCACAACUCAGCCAGCAAACUGUUCUAUCAACAUCUACAACCAGGUCCUUGAGUGUAAUACUGGUUUGAACUGGCCACAGUUUGUUCAAAGAAUGACUCAGGUUCUGAUGUCACCAAACCAAGAUGUCCUGGUGCAAUGUCUCAAAGGAACUGUGAAUCUGUUGCAGCAUGCAUAUGAUGAUGUCUUUCAACAAAUGAUCGGGUCAGGUUUGAAACAAGAAAUCACAGGAGGAGACGCGCUCUCUGCCUACCUGAUAAACCUGAUGCGAAACCUGGCUAGCUUUGUCAACUCUAUCUCCAUGCUUCCCGAUGAAAACAUUGCUGACCCUGAUGUCAUGCUUCCCCACAUUGGUAACCUGUUGCAGUCUGUAGGUCUAAGACCACUGCUGCCUCUGCUCGUCAGUGAAGGUCCCGUCAAUGUCUCCACAGUGCUUGAUGUUGCCUCGAAAAUUGGCAGGCUCAACCAGCACAUUUUUACCUUCAAUGAGACAGACCCUACAAUGCCAGAACUGGAACGGUUGAUAAGAUUCUUUCUCUCCUUGGAGGGUAACCUCACCAUCUCUCUCAGCCACAUCAUGGGACACACUCUGCUUACCUAUUCGGACUACUUCCACCCUGACGAUGCGGCUCAUCUCAUACAGGCCAUCCGGCCAUUCACCAACCAGACCUCAGCUGGCGUUGUUGAAGCCAUCCUCAGUGCCAUGGAGCUACUGAAGACAGUGAUGGAUUCUCCAAACGGUGACCCAACUAACAUCAUUCUUGGGUACAUACGCCAGCUUCAAGAAUUUGUGAUGUCUCUGUACAGACUGCGAAAAAUCCAACAUUUCCCAUUACCAAACGGGCAGCUCAGCCCAGCACAAGUCAAUGAUCUCCACUUGCUUUCCAAAGACUUUCUUGGACUUCUCACCCCAGAGAGCCUUCAGAACCUGUCUCAGGCUGGACCAGAUGCUGCCCUGGAAAUUGUUGCACAGAAAAUUGUUGCAUUCCUACCACCUGAGGUCCAACUGGACGCUGCUCGCUUUCUCCAAGAUUUUGUCGCUCUGCAGUCUCAGGUGACCAGAUGUGCAGCAGGCCAAGACUGUUUGGCUGGAAUCUCAGAACUCUUCACGUUCCUGGAUCAGAUAUUAGACAUAAUGCUUGCGGCUGACAGUAAUGUCACCGUUACAUUAGCAAACACCAACUCUGUUCUGGAGGGGCGGGAACGUGAGGAAAUUGUAUCCCAGUUCUUCCCACUACUCCUUUCCUCAAAUGAUGCUGCCAAUGUGGAAACAUUCAAACAGAUUCUUCAUUUUGCCAGAUUGAUCAUGGCUACACCGAAUAUUACUGUGUCUGAUGUCCAGAAUGCUCUGCAACAGUCAAACCUAACCCUCGAGGAGCUAAACAACAUUACUGCUCUUGCCGGAGCUGCCAACAUUAAUGACCUAGUGGUAAAUAUAAUGGAGAUUAUCAAUGCUCGCGAGUGUUUCGAGCCACAGCAUAACCAGAUGGUGACAGCUCAGUGUAUUAUGGGAUUGAUCGAUGAUGUUAGCAAUUUCCUGAGCAACAUACCUGCUCUCCGUGAUCAGGCAGCCAUCGUCUCCCUCAUCCCGUUAAUUGUCAAUAACACAAUCAGGGAUGGCGUCCAAGCUGACUUCAGCUCCAAUGCUAACAUUGCUCUUGCACACACCUUGAACAGCACACUGGCCAAUAUCAAGAUGAACCUCCAGCUGAAUAACCUGUACACUCCAGAGAUCAUGAAUGAAAUCAGAGUGGUAGAGGGUCUCAUCCAACUGCUUGUCAACAUGGAACCAUUAAACAAGUUGAACGCCACCUCUGAUAUGGACUCCACGCAAGCUCAGAAAGUGUAUGUUGAAAUGGUGCAAUGGUACUUGGAAAAGCUGGAAAACAUCACCAGAACAAGUUCCAUCUCAGACCUCCUUCAGCCCUUUUACUAUAUCACACACAUGCAAGUGACAUUGCAGCUGACACAGUUGGAUUUCACUUUGUUUGUCUCUAAGCAGGUUGAGACCCUGAUAUACAGCCUGCAGCACCCAAUAGAUAGUGCAGGGGUGAGUGCAAUUGGCCAAACAGCAGUUGAGAUUCUCAGGCGUCUGUUUGAACUCUUACAGAUCAACCUGGAGGCUCAGAAUGAACUCAGUCACAAUUUACUGUUUAACACAACCACUCUGCAUGCUUUUGAGCUCCAAGUUAAUCUUUACCUCAGCCUCAUAGAGAUUUGGAUGAAACAACCCAAUGUCUCACCAGUCCUCAGUAGUAUGCUCCAAUGGGGAAACCCUGACCUAAAUGCCUCCACUCCUGUGACAGACUUCCAGCACCUGCUGCAGACGAUGGUUCAUUUUCUCAGUGAGGAUCAACAGGCCUAUCUCUCCAUCAUUCACAACGCCACCAUGUUGCUGAGUAAUGCCCUAAUGGUGGCAGAGCAACCAGGUGGCCUCCAGAGUGACCACUUCUUAUCCGCAAUCUUGGAAGCAGUCCAAACAGCUAUGCAGAGCCUGACCACAGCCACAGGCCCCCUGCCGCCCUCUGUACAGCAGAACAUCCUGGAAAUAGUGCAGGACUCACUUAGGCUCAUUGUCCAACCAGACAUGAGUUUUGCCACAUCACGUAACAUCUCCCUCCUCAUCCUCCAGAGGGCCGAAAGCAUCAUCCAACAGACACUCGCAGAAAUGGGUGCUGAAUACCUGCUCCCUGGUAUCAGAGUGGCAACCACAUAUUUUGAGAGCAUCUCUGCAAGCAGUGGACCAGACAGAUGGAAUCAGCUGAUUCUGGAUGAGAUGGAGACACUUCAGAGCGUCCUGCCACCAAACAACCCGGCCCAGGCCUACAUCUCUGUCCUCAUUAACAUCACUCGCUUUAUCUUGGAAUCUGGCCAAGGCAACAUGAGUCUCUGGGACAGUUUUGAGAGUGCAUCAGAAGACAAUCUCCCAUUAAUUUUCAGCCAGAUGGGCAGACUCUUGAACAUGCUAUGGCCACUGAUCACGGGAGGCCCAGAUCUAACAACCCCAUCUCUGGAGGGCUUUGCUCAUCUUGCUCCAGUCCUGGAGCAUGUCCUGACAGGGAAGGCAGACCAAAUGACAUGGGACGAACUUGAAAGGAUACUAGAGGCCCUGCUGUCAACCCUCAGUGGAACAGAGAUAUGGGACAGUGUCCCUCCUGUUAUCCAAGUGUUUGAGCAAGUCAUAGGGAGUACGGUGAACAACAUUGAAGCACAGAACGUGUUGAUACUAAGCCUCCAGACACCCGUGGCUACCCUGAUGAUACAACUUGCACAGUCUGUUAACAGCAGUCAUUUUAACUUGACUGAGUUCUCGGAAAGAAUGCUGCUUGCCAUUGAACGCACGCUGCAGGCAGUUGAGCAGGCUAACGGCACAUUGGAGUGCAGUGAAGUUCUCAGAGCAUGGGAGCCAGUAAGAGAGGCAGCUGGGUUAAACCACUCCACCUUGGCUAUGUGGUGCAACAUCAACCUGCAGCCUCUUUUGGAGGCCUACGCUGAAGCCAACGCUGUUUACGCCCACAUGAACAUGAGCCACAUGGGUGUGGGACCAAUGACUGUGAGCGCUACAGCUGCCAGGAUUGUCAGGAGUAUACAGUCUCUCUACCAAGUCAACAUCAACAGCACACUUGUGACAGGGCAGCUAAUCGAGGCUUUCAUCAGCCAACUCUCUGUGCUCGCAGGCCAGCCUCUGAGCCACGAGGCACAGCUUCAUUGGUUCAAGCAAAACAUGCAGUUGCAAAACAGGAUUCUGGAUGAGAUGGAGACACUUCAGAGCGUCCUGCCACCAAACAACCCGGCCCAGGCCUACAUCUCUGUCCUCAUUAACAUCACUCGCUUUAUCUUGGAAUCUGGCCAAGGCAACAUGAGUCUCUGGGACAGUUUUGAGAGUGCAUCAGAAGACAAUCUCCCGUUAAUCUUCAGCAGGAUGGGCAGACUCUUGAACAUGCUAUGGCCACUGAUCACGGGAGGCCCAGAUCUAACAACCCCAUCUCUGGAGGGCUUUGCUCAUCUUGCUCCAGUCCUGGAGCAUGUCCUGACAGGGAAGGCAGACCAAAUGACAUGGGACGAACUUGAAAGGAUACUAGAGGCCCUGCUGUCAACCCUCAGUGGAACAGAGAUAUGGGACAGUGUCCCUCCUGUUAUCCAAGUGUUUGAGCAAGUCAUAGGGAGUACGGUGAACAACAUUGAAGCACAGAACGUGUUGAUACUAAGCCUCCAGACACCCGUGGCUACCCUGAUGAUACAACUUGCACAGUCUGUUAACAGCAGUCAUUUUAACUUGACUGAGUUCUCGGAAAGAAUGCAGCUUGCCAUUGAACGCACGCUGCAGGCAGUUGAGCAGGCUAACGGCACAUUGGAGUGCAGUGAAGUUCUCAGAGCAUGGGAGCCAGUAAGAGAGGCAGCUGGGUUAAACCACUCCACCUUGGCUAUGUGGUGCAACAUCAACCUGCAGCCUCUUUUGGAGGCCUACGCUGAAGCCAACGCUGUUUACGCCCACAUGAACAUGAGCCACAUGGGUGUGGGACCAAUGACUGUGAGCGCUACAGCUGCCAGGAUUGUCAGGAGUAUACAGUCUCUCUACCAAGUCAACAUCAACAGCACACUUGUGACAGGGCAGCUCAUCGAGGCUUUCAUCAGCCAACUCUCUGUGCUCGCAGGCCAGCCUCUGAGCCACGAGGCACAGCUUCAUUGGUUCAAGCAGCUCCAAAACAUGCAGUUGCAAAGCAGUUUGUCUUCUCUCAAAAUGCUCUCAGAUGAGCUGGUAAAGGUGGCCCCAUUCAUGCAGCCUUGUAUGGAGGCUCUACAGAAAACAGUGCACUACAUCCUUGAUAACUACCAUCGCAUAGAAGAGGGCAGCUCGUCCGAGGAACUCUUUGGAGAAGCAAUAAUGAUCUUCCUGUCUUCUGCAAAUAUCACGUCAGAUGACAUGAUGUUGGGACAAUUUUCUGAAUUCAGUGAAGCAUCUCUUAUCGAUAUAAUGAGAGAAGCUAUGAAACUGAUGAUUGACAUUGAGUUAUUUGGGGAUGCACCUAUGAUAUACCAAGCCAUGGAACAGUUUCUGGCAAACAACGACUCAAGGGUGAUGAUACAGAAAGUGGCCGAGAUGUUUGAGUGGUUCGCCUCCACUCAAGCUUCUGGACUGGAUCUGCUGAUUCAGGCUCUACCUAAAAUCUGCGACAUCCUUCGUCCUCUCUGGGCUGUUCUGACCCAGAUGAAUAUAGAAAUACCACCAAUCAUGGAGCAGUUUGAAGACAUACUUGCAGUACUGCGGCAGUUCAUCCUCACCAGUGGUUCUCUGACUCCCAUGGACCACUAUCCGGGCAUGUUUCAGCAGGAAAUGACGGGCGCUAACCAUACGAUGAGGGUCCGAAAUAGACGCGAGACCUCAUUGAUGCCGGCAAGGACGCCCAUGGAUGACUUCAUAGACCUCUUCCAAAUUGACUACCCUGCCAUGUUCAGAGCCAUCUCCGCCCCUGUUUCCUCAGAAGAACUUACAGAGACAAUCCACAUGUUCUUUGCCAAUCCUGAUCUGAGCGUUGUGGUGAAAGGAGCUACAGGCAACAUGCCGUGGGGCAUGGCUGCCUCUCGGGAAGGGACCAUUGAUGCUGCCCUUGGGAUGCUCUCCUUCUUCACUAUUCCUGGCGCGUUUCAGAUGUCAUCAAUGGAUCCUCUGAUGAAUGCUGCCAAUAUGCUUCCCGAUGACUUUCCAUUCUCCUCACUGCUUAAAAAUAUCACCAGAGUGCUUGCCGGUGAAUCUCAAGAGAACCUGAUGCUCAUACAAGAGGCCAUCCAAACAGCCGCUGCGCUCCUCGAGAUCAGCCCGACAGACCCGCGAUUCACAGAGCAACUUGGCCACCUGGAAUCCAAGGUGUGCGACCUGGAGGAAACAGAGACUGUGCGUUUGCUGAUGUCGGCCCUCUCCAUUCGGCCUGGGCAACUGUGUCACACUCUUCUACCCAGCCUGAAGGCCUUGGUUGAGAGUCUGAUUAACAACACGACUUACCUGACAGAUAUCAUCUUCCAGGCUGUCAUCGGAGACCCUAAAACCUACAAUGUUCACACAGACUGGUCCUCAGCAUUGAGUCAAGGUUUGGGCUUUAACAUCAGCAGCCUGAGGUCUUUAAACAUUAACAUCACCUCCCCAGGAGUGGUGACGGUCGGUGAGAUGCUGAGGGAUAAAGAAGCCUUCAUCAUGGAAGUUCAACAACGCAUGAAUUUUGAUCCAGCUGCUCUCCACCUCUUGAUGGCAACCACACUGCCAAACAACAACUUAGAGAUUCUAUCGUGGUUGGUCAACCUUCGCCAUUGCAACUCCACAGCAGCCUUGGAAAUGAAAGCGACAGAUGUGGUCAUCCUAAAGACCUUCUGCUCCAUGUCUGUCGAGCAGUGGUACACCUUCUCACUGCUGAUGGCUCGCCAUCUCAACAUGGAGAAAUUCAUCUACAGAAUGGUGCUGUCUGAGGAAAUACAGAGCCUCAUGGGAGUGAUGAUCAAGAUGGCUGAGGUUAUAAUUGACAUGAUGGACAUGAUUCUUCCUGCUGUUGGUCAGCUUCGAAACUACAUGGUCUCCAUCCAGGACCUCAACCUGCCUGCUGAACACGAAUUCGACCGGAUGGUGAAAGGACACCAUGACACCAUCUCGACUAGAGCUACAUUUGUCACCCUAUCUCGAGCGUUGUGCAGCAAAGGUAUUGUGGCUCUGCUUGGAAUCUCCAAACUCCCCACCAUGCCGGAUUCAAACUCUUCCUUCCUUGACCAGCGCCAGAGGGAGGAGAUGAUCGAGAGAUUCAAGAUUCCAAAAACUGCCUCUCCGUUUUGUAUGAACAUGUACCUUGACAUGGUCAAUACCACGGGAGGAGCCAUCGCCUGGGCCUUCCUCAAACCAAUGCUAAUGGGACAAAUUCUGUACACCCCUGACACACCCAUCACCAGGGCCAUAAUGGAGAAGGCCAAUGCCACCUUGCAGGUGUUUGCAAAUCUGAGGAAGUACUCCAAGGAGUGGAUCGACUCCUCCAACUACAUCAUGAACUCGGCCGAAAUACUCCGCCACACACUGCCAAUGCUGCAGAAUUCCCUCGGCAAUUCCUUUGUUCAGAAUUUCAUUGAGAUGCAGACAGACAUCAAUGUCGGCAGAAUGAAGGAGACGCUCAGCAACUUCUCUAACAUGACCAUCAUGCUGGAGAAAAACAAACACAUAAUGGAUCAGAUCACAACCUUGUCCACCCUGAUGGUGAACCUCUCCUCCUGCAUCAAGUUUGACCGUUACCGUGGCUACGACACUGCCGACCAGAUGAACGCUGAAGCUCAGGAUCUUGCCAAAAACCGUGAUCUCUAUGCAAGUGUCAUCUUCAAGCUUCCCAAAGACGAGGGCACAUCCAGGAAGCGUCACGCCAGGUCUUCCUCCUCCACAUCUUCCCUCCCUCCCAAAGUCAGCUACACCAUCCGCAUGCACAUGGACAACGUCAUGCGUACUGACAGAGUCCGGAGCCCCUAUUAUGUCAAGGAGAACCACAUCUGGUCCAAGCAGACGCUACGCUACAACCGGGGCUUUGUCUACCUGCAGGAGAACAUUGACCGGGCAAUCAUUGAGACCCAGACUGGACAGAAAGUCACAGAUCCAGCCGUCCAGCUGCAGCCCUUCCCCUAUCCCUGCUACUACCGAGAUGAGUACCUGGAGGCCAUCUCUUUUGUCUUCCCACUCAUGCUCAUGAUAGCCUGGGUGUUGUUUGUGGCUGAUUUUGUGAAGAAGCUGGUGCAUGAGAGAGAGCUGAGGCUGCAUGAGUACAUGAAAAUGAUGGGAGUCAACCCGCUCAGCCACUUCUUCGCCUGGUUCCUGGAGUGCGCCUCCUACUUGUUGAUGACUAUCUUCAUCCUCACACUGGUGCUGAAGUAUGGCAACAUUCUGCCCAACAGUGACGGCUUCCUCCUUUUCUUGUACCUGUGCGACUACGGUUUGAGCAUCCUGUCCUUCAGUUACCUGGUCAGCUCCUUCUUUGACAAGACCUACAUCGCUGCCCUGAGUGGCAGCCUCCUCUACAUCCUCUGCUUCUUCCCCUUCAUUGUGGUCAUCGCCAUGGAGACAAAUUUGACCUUCUCCGAGAAGAGCGCCCUGAGUUUGUUUUCCCCGACCUGUUUUAGUUAUGCUAGUCAAUACGUCUCCCGGUACGAGUCCCAAGGAGAAGGCAUUCACUGGAGCAACUCAUACACCUCGCCCAUGUCUGGAGACACAGCUUCGUUUGGUUGGCUCUGCUGGCUGAUGCUCAUCGACUCCAUCCUCUACUUCAUCAUCGGGGCUUACAUCCGCAUGGUAUUCCCAGGAAAGUAUGGCAUCCCUGCCCCUUGGUACUUCCCCUUCAAAGCCUCCUUCUGGGCUGACCUGUGCUGCUGCGUUAAGUCAAAGAGUAAAGUAGGCAGAGGACUCCUCUUCUCAAACAUCAUGCAGAAAAACCAGCCUGUCUUCUCUGACGACAAGGAAAAAGGCCAGAGCACUCUUUCCUCUCAGACCGGCGAGGAUUUCUCAGAGCUCCCAGUGGGCGUUGCCCUCCACGGCCUCAGCAAGAUAUAUGGUGACCGAGUAGCUAUUGAAAACCUUAAUGUAGCCUUCUACGAGGGCCACGUCACCUCUCUGCUUGGUCACAAUGGAGCCGGCAAGACCACCACCAUGUCUCUCCUGACUGGCCUUUUCGCCCCAUCGUCUGGCUCCAUCGAGGUGUACGGCAGAGACAUGCAGAGUAACAUUGAAGACAUUCGCAGAGAGCUGGGGGUGUGCAUGCAAUAUGACGUCCUGUUUGACCAUAUGACCGCCAAGGAGCACCUGCUGCUGUAUGGCCAGAUCAAGGCACCACACUGGUCACACAAGGAACUGCGUGAACAAGUCCGCACGAUCCUAGAGGAGACAGGCAUGUAUGUUCACAGACACAAGCGGGUGGGCACCCUGUCAGGCGGCAUGAGGCGCAAGCUGUCAAUCUCCAUCGCCUUCAUAGGGGGCUCCCACUUGGUGGUUUUGGAUGAACCCACCACAGGAGUUGACCCCUGCUCAAGACGCCACAUCUGGGACAUUGUUAUCCAGCACAAGAAAAAUCGCACUGUCAUCAUGUCCACCCACCACCUGGAUGAGGCUGAAGUUCUGAGUGACCGCAUUGCCUUCCUGGAGAGAGGAGGAUUAAAAUGCUGUGGAUCCCCCUUCUACCUAAAGGACAAGCUGGGUCAGGGCUACAAACUCACUCUCACCAAGAAGGUGCAAAACCUAGACUCUGAACCGAUGGACAAUGCUGAGAUGAAGGCCUUCAUCCAAGCUCAUGUACCGGAAGCACGUCUGAAAGAAGCCCAGGGCAGCGACCUGGUCUACUCCCUGCCUCCCUUCACCUCAUCCAACGCCUCCUCAUACCGCUCUCUCCUGACCGCGCUGGACUCCAACCUGGACGCCCUGCAGCUGGGGGGCUAUGGCAUAUCUGAUACCACCCUAGAAGAGGUGUUCCUCCAGUUGACUCACGGAAGCACAGUAGUCGGGGGCGAGGACGGCCCCCUGUCUAUCUCAGAGACAAUUUCAGACACGGAUUCCAUCGACAGCUUCCCCUCAGACUCCAGUGGAAGCAUCUACAACUUUGGCGACAAGAUCAAGCUUACCGGUUCAUCCGUGGUGCGCGGCAUGGCCUUGGCCUGGCAGCAGAUGGCAGCCAUGCUGAUCAAGAGGUUCCACCACAGCCGCAGAGACUGGAAGGGCCUGAUCUCCCAGAUCCUGCUCCCUGUUCUGUUCAUAGUGUUUGCUAUGGGCCUGAGCUCCAUCAAGAAAGACCUGCGGCACUAUCCAGAGCUGGAGCUCAGCCCUGCGCUUUACAACUUUGAACCAAGCUACUCUUUCUUCAGUAACAAAAAUCCCAACUCCGCCCAUCUUGUGGACACUAUGAUGUCAUUCCCCGGGAUCGAUAACGCCUGCCUCGCCAAGCCCAGUAACCCGGUCUGCACAAGAAGCACAAACAACUGGAGUUCCAGAGGGAACAGCUCGAAACCAUUUAACGUCUGUAAAUGCACCCAUCAGGAACAGAUUUGUGAUGCGAACAACUUCCAGCCCCCCCAUAAGAAGAUCUCUUCGUCUCAGAUUAUGUACAACCUGAGUGGCAUCGACGUGGAGAAGUACCUUGUGGCCACAACUAAUGACUUCAUCAGGAACAGAUAUGGUGGCUUUUCUCUAGGCAUGCCCCUCCCUCCUGACUUGCUCAUGGAUAUAACAGCGGUGCCCAAAAAUCGCACUCUGUCUAAGGUCUGGUUCAACCCAGAGGGCCAUCACACAAUGCCAGCAUACUUAAACAGCCUCAACAACAUCAUCCUACGUGCCAAUCUUCCAGCAGACAAGGAUCCACAUAAAUAUGCCAUUUCAGUUUCCAGUCACCCCUAUUUCGGCCGGGCGGAUGAUGAAGACUCAGUUGUCCAGGGAAUGCUCCAGAUCCUAGUGGCUAUGUGUGUGCUGACGGGUUAUUCAAUCACAACAGCCAGCUUUGCCAUCUAUGAAGUCAGCGAGCACCACAGCGGCUCUAAGAGGCUCCAGCACAUUUCUGGCAUCAGCGAGCCUUUCUACUGGGCUGUGAACUUCUUCUAUGACAUGCUCAUGUAUUUGAUCCCUGUGACUUUGACUGUUGCCGUGAUCGCAGCCUUCCAGAUUCCAGCAUUCACAGAUCGGCAAAAUUUAGGCGCUGUCACCCUGCUUCUGGUCCUCUUUGGGUUUUCCACCUUCCCCUGGAUGUAUCUGUUGUCGGGCGUCUUCAAGGAUGCAGAGAUGGCCUUUAUUGCCUAUGUGUGCAUCAACCUCUUCAUCACUACCAACACCAUCCUGUCCACCUCCAUCCUGUACUUCAUGAAUCAAAUUUCAAUAAAUAAACCUGAGUUCAUCCAGGAGCUCUUUGAGAGGCUGAGCUACGCCUUCCUAAUCUUCCCGCAGUUCAACUUUGGGAACGGGCUGGUAAAGUUGGCCAGGAUGAAUAUAGAGGUCCAGUUGCUCAGUGGCUACGGCAUUGACGCAUAUAAAAACCCAUUCUCCAUGGAAGCCCUGGGCUGGAUGUUAAUCUGCUCCUUCAUCCAAGGCGUAGUCUUCUUCACGCUGCGCCUCCUGCUCAACAGGUUCCUGAUUCGCAAAGUCAGAAAUAUGAUUAGGGGCAGCAAGAAGGUGCUAAAUGCGGCUUGUGAGGAUGAAGAUGAGGAUGUGGCGGCUGAACGUCAGCGGGUGUCCAGUGGAGCAGCCAGCACAGACCUACUGCAGGUCAACCAGCUGACUAAGGUCUAUCAACACCUCAAGAGGAAGAUCCAUGCUGUCAAGAAGCUCUCUGUGGGCAUCCCUGCAGGAGAGUGCUUUGGUCUGCUGGGAGUGAACGGAGCAGGAAAAACUACCACCUUCAAGAUGCUGACUGGAGACGUUAGCCCCACUGAUGGCACAGCACAGAUCAGGGACUGGGAUGGGCGGUUGGUUGACAUCAUGGAGUGCCGUAACAAGGGAAUUAACAUCGGCUACUGCCCCCAGGUGGAUGCACUCGACAACCUGCUCACUGGAGAAGAGCACUUGUACUUCUACGCUCGCAUCCGAGGCGUCUCAAAGAGGGAGAUAGACAGGGUGGUGAACUACCUACUGAAGAGGCUGGAGCUGAGCUACCACAGAAGCAUCAUCACUGAUGGAUACAGUUGUGGCACCCGCAGGAAGCUCUCGACUGCGCUGGCUCUCAUCGGGCAUCCGCAGAUCCUGCUCCUGGAUGAGCCAAGCUCUGGCAUGGACCCUCACACCAAGCGUCACCUGUGGAAAAUCAUCUCAGAAGAAGUGAAAGGAAAAUGUGCCGUGGUCCUCACCUCUCACAGCAUGGAGGAGUGUGAGGCACUGUGUGGCCGUCUUGCCAUCAUGGUGAAAGGUCAGUUCCGUUGCCUGGGCUCCCUGCAGCACAUUAAGAACAGGUUUGGCAGCGGGUUCACUGUGAAGAUGUACUUGGCCAAGGCCUCCUGUGAUGCAGAGGCAAUCACUGGCUUCAUGCAGCGCCGAUUCCCCAGCACUUAUCUCAAGGACCAACACUCGACUAUGGUGGAGUACCACGUACCAAUUGCACCAGGAGGGGUGGCUGACAUCUUCAGCCAGCUGGAGUCCAACAAGAAUGCUCUGCAGAUCAAACACUUCUCUGUGAGCCAGACCACACUGGAUGAGGUCUUCAUCAACUUUGCCAUGGGAAAGAUCGCCAUGGAAUCCAUAGCUCUCAACAGCGAAGACGAGGAGUGCAACGUCCCGGACUCCAUUAAGGCAGUCGAGACGUAGAGCUGACUGCCAUCUUUUCUUUGCCAUGUUAUCUAUUUCCACUGUGAUAUGAAACACAACCUGCGUUUAUAGCAAAGCUACCCUUGAUAUAUAUGUGCAAAAGACAAAUUUAAACCAUUCAUGUUUAAAAUUACUGAUAAUUUCUUCAAAGUGUUUUGACCGAUAACAUGAAGGAUAACUUAUAUUAAAAGGGCACAUGCACAUUUUUAUACAUGCACAGAUGAAAAAAGUUGAUAAACUGAAGUUUCCCAUUAAUACUCUAAAUCUUAUUAUUUAUGAAGGAUAAAAUUACUCGUAUAGGCUAUUCAUUUCUCUCUGUGGUUGGGGCACUGUUAACCAUUAGAUUGUAUACCGUAGCAAAUGAAAAACACUUAAUUUUCUAUUUAGAAUCUUUUUCUAUUUGACCUUUAUGUUUGCAAAACAUGGUUUUACAUCUUAAAGCACUCAUACUAGAUAUAUGACAUGUUUAAAGAUGUUAUUCUUUUAAUCUAACAAACGGAAAUAUUCACACUCAGAGGAACAUCCUCGCAAUGCACUUUUUCCCUUCUCAUUAAUACUUCCUCUAAGGGCAUACCUAACUUUUAGAAUGAAUGUACUGAAUAUUUAAUUGUCUUUUUCCUGCUUGUGGACCAGUUCCAAAUUGUCUUGAAUGUAUCAAAUCUAUUUUUAUUAUUCCAAUAAAGCUAUUUUUCAAAUGCAA